GAGGAUCACUAAGGAUUACCAUCAGAAAGCGCAGAAAGAGCAGCAGCAGGGAUCAUGUUCGUUCGUCCACUCAUUGUUGGUUGCCUGGCACUCCUGGCCGUGGCCGUGGCCCAGGCACGCCCGCAGUAUGGCUAUGAGCAGCCCGGCCCUGGGCCCACGGACAUUUUCGUUGGCGGCAGCGGCAACGGCGGCGGCAUUGGCGGUGGCGGUGGCGGUGGCCUGGUGGCCAUUCAGCCACAUCGCGGUGGCGACAAGUACCUGCCGCCGGCCAGCACCACCCAAGCGCCGAUCAUCAACAAGAAAUUCUAUCUGGUGUCGGCGCCCGAGGACCACAGCAACGAUGGCAAGGUGAAGCACCUGGUGCUGGGUCGCCCGCAGAAGAACUACCGCGUGGUGUUCAUCAAGGCGCCGGCGGGCGACAAUGCCAACGUGAAGUAUUCGGCCGAGUUUGCGCCGCAGGAGGAGAAGACCGUCAUCUAUGUGCUGUCCAAGAAGGACAACGAUCUGGAUGCCACGGACAUUGCCACGCCGGCACCCACGCAGCCCAGCAAGCCGGAGGUGUUCUUCAUCAAGUACAAGACCGACGACGAGGCCAAGCAGGCACAGCACGAGAUUCAGGGACAAUACGACAAGCUGGGCGGCACCAACGAGUACCAGGAGGACAAUAAUGCGCCCAUUACCUCGGUCAUUGGCAGCUUGGACGGCCUCAAUCCCGACGGCAGCUACAACUAUCGCCAGAUCGGCAAUCGGCCAUCGAGUGGACCCCACGGCUCGCCCAGUGCCCAGUAUCUGCCCAGUUUGCUGAAGCAUUAAUCAACACGCAAUCACCACGCUCCUCCCCCCACCCCCACCCCCACCCACUCCCACACCAUUAUUUCAGUUCAGUGUUGCAUAAUUUUAAGAUUCAACUACACCUUUUUUUUGUAUUUUUUGUUUUGUUUUUUUUUGUUGCCAAUAAAGUUUAUAUUUAAAAAUGAAAAGAAAAGUCUGCAGAGAUUUUUGGCUGGAACUUGGAAAUAUUUUCCCUAUGCGAAAUCCAUCUCAAAGUCAA